UGGUAGUAGAGUGCACAUCUCUAGCUAAACAGCUGAUCUGCAUUGUGUUGACAAAAAUUGUUUUUAUUGGUGUUUGGUUUUAGAAAAGCUAAAAAUGCUAACUUCCAUGGUUAAGGAGCACCACAAGGAGCAAGUGAAGCGAAAACAAGAGCAGGAGGUGCGACGCAAGGAGGCCAUAGAAGCCUCCAAUGAGCUCACCCAAUCUCUGGUAGACACCCUGAAUGUGGGCGUGGCACAGGCCUACUUGAACCAAAAGCGUCUGGACGCGGAGGCCAAGCAGCUGCACAUGGGUGCCACCAACUUCGCCAAGCAGACGCACCAGUGGCUGCAGCUCAUCGACAACUUCAGCAGUGCCCUGAAGGAGCUGGGCGAUGUGGAGAACUGGGCCCGAAGCAUUGAGGGAGACAUGCAUGUAAUAAACCAGAGCCUGGAGCUGGCCUACAAAGCUUCGCGAGCGGCCCAGGCUACUGGAGCUCCUGUGGAGGCCUCAACUUCAGCCUCGGCAAAUCCUAAGCCCAGUGCCACAUGAGUAUUUUUAGGUUUAGUCUCUAAGCAUUUUGUCAGAUGAUUUAUAGUUGGAUUUUACACGUAUCCUAGGAAAGAUCCUUUCUGUGUCUAUAAGGGUUUCCAGGUUACAAACUGCUUCCUUUAAGAGCCCUUUCUAUUAAAACUUAAGUAACAGUUAUGUAAAGAAUUAUCGCCAAUAAUUUCA